ACAUGCAUUACUAGAAAGUCUUGGCAGGCAAACCAUAGACAUGCGAAGUUGCUAUAUCCCAACAGAAAGCGGUGCCAAACCAGGUUAUUAUUUCUCCAGUGUGGACGCAGCCCAGGUUCGAUUCCCAGCUCGGCCAUGGAAACCCCUUGGGAGACCUUGGGCCAGAAGUCCCACUCUCUCAGCCUCAGCGGAAGGCGACGACAAGCCUCCCCUGACCCAAAGGGCGAUCCCCGGGGACCGGGGGCCUUUCCCCGCCCGGGGAAGGCGGAAGGGUCUGGCAGAGGGCCCCUCUGACCCUGGCUCCGGUCCCCCCUUCAUUUUGCAGGCCUCGAACCCUCUCUGGCAGUCGCGGGGCUCGGCCUCGGUGUCCUCGGGGGGCCGGUUCCGGUGCCCCUCCUGCCGCCACGAGGUGGUCCUGGACCGGCACGGCGUCUACGGGCUCCAGCGGAACCUCCUCGUCGAGAACAUCAUCGACAUCUACAAACAGGAAUCCUCCCGCCCCCUGCCCUCGAAGGGCUCGGCGUCGGAGCAUCCCUUGCUGUGCGAGGAGCACGAGGAGGAGAAGAUCAACAUCUACUGCCUGAGCUGCGAGGCGCCCACCUGCUCCAUGUGCAAAGUCUUCGGCGCCCACAAGGACUGCCAGGUCGCCCCCCUGGGCACCGUCUACAAGAGGCAAAAGGUGGGGCUCGGGGGUCUGGGGUCGGGGGUGGGGGCUCCGGGGCUGCUCCCCCGCCCCAAAAGCCCCCUUGGGACUCGGACAGAGUGGCGGGGGAGGGAGGGGGCUUGCCUGACUUGGGGGUCCCGGCGCCCCCUCCCCGGCCUGACCCCGGCGAUGCCCCAUCUGCAGGGGGAGCUGAGCGACGGGAUCGCCAUGCUGGUGGCCGGCAACGACCGCAUCCAGGCCAUUAUCUCGCAGCUGGAGGAGAUCUGCAGGAGCAUCGAGGAGAACGGGCGCCGCCAGAAGCAGCAGCUGUGCCUUGGGUUCGAGUCCCUGUGCGCGGCGCUGGAGGAGCGGAAGAAGGAGCUUCUGGCCGAAGUGGGCCGCGUCCAGGAGGAGAAGGUCCAGCGGGUCCGCGCCCUCAUCCGCCGCUACGGAGACCAUCUCGAGGCCGCCUCCAAGCUGGUCGAGUCGGCCAUCCAGUCCAUGGAGGAGCCCCAGAUGGCCCUCUACCUCCAGCAGUCCAAGGAGCUGAUCAGCAAGAUCCGGGAGAUGUCCCAAGUGCCCCCCGGAGGACGCCCGGAGCCCGGCUUCGAGAGCAUGGACCGCUUCGCCCUCCGCCUCGAGCACGUGGCCGAGAUGCUCCGGACCAUCGAGUUCCAGCCAGAAUCGGUGGGGGAGGAGGCCGAGGCGGAGGGACUGGGCCCCGAGGGAGGAGGCGAAGGAGACGGCGAGGAGGGCCCUCCAGAGGGAGCCCCCGAAGGGAUGGAAGGCGGAGAGGGCCCCCCCAAAGUCUCUCGCCCAAAGCCAGCCGGGGCCUCCUCCUCCUGCCCCCGAGGUCCGCCCUGAGGAGCACCA